UGUAUCUAGGCAGAAAAGGAAAGGGCGCGGGGAAAACGCUCACUCUGUGUGCAGCACUAGUAGCUCGAAUAGUUUGAAUGCUCGAUUUCCAUUAAACAAAUCCAAAUUUUUUUUAAGGGUUUCUCAUUUCCUUUACUGGAUUGGUUUCUCUUGUAACCAGGUUAUCAACAUCAUUAUUCCCAUAGUGCUUCUGUACUGUUGGUCGUACACAUUUGCCUUGAUGAGCCCUUUUUAGGUUAUAUUUUGGUCCUUUGAUGCCUGCUCAAUUACAUAUCCUCAUUCCUGGAUAGGAUCUCUUCAUGAUGGGAUCCUCAUCCAAGUCUUUGGACAUGAGAAAAUCUGGAGUUCGUCUGCUGCAUCUGAUGCACCUGAAGUUUUGCUUACCUGAGCAAGUCAAAUUUGAGGACAACAGCUGCUAGCCUGUUCUUUGUUGUGCAGUACCAAAACUCCUACAAGUUCUGCAUGAGUUUUAGCCUGUUACGUGGUGCUAAACAAAGGCAUUUAGAUAAUCAGUUUUGCCUUAUAUUUGGAUGGUCAUGUGAAUGGUGAUGCAUACAAUUUUGAAAUACGUGCAUCAUUGGGCUAUUUUGCUGGCACUAUUUUACAUACCCUUGUUUUUUCUUACAGUGGGUGCUUAUAAUAGUGAAUCUGUAGUAUUUGGAAAAAGAGUAGAGGACCUUUUAACGGGUUUCCAUGGUGAAAAAUAUAGAGGCCACACCUUUGGGCAUAUCGGAAGUUCCACUUUGCCACCAUCAUUUGGAAAGACCUCGGCAUCUUGCGAGGAUGACUUGAAGGGUGUUGGUUCCUUAAAUACAACAUGUCGUGUUAAUUCCAGUUUGUAUUUUAAUGAUGAUAUAUACAUAUUUGGUCUGGGAAACUUGGAGAUUCUGCCACAUGUUUCACUAGUUUGUUCAGUUCCAGGCUGUUCAAUUAAUGUCAACAUAUCUGGGAAUGUUAAACUAGGGAAAUAUUCAGUUGUCAUUGCAAGUACUGUAGUCAUUAAUGCUACUAAUGUAAGUUUGGAGCACUCUUCGUCUUUAAACACCACUGCCCAAGGUGCAUCCCCACCACCUCAAACUAGUGGAACCCCACUAGGCCCUGAUGGAGCUGGUGGAGGGCAUGGAGGUCGGGGUGCUCUUUGCUUGAAGGGAAACCACAAGUCACAAGAAGAUGUAUGGGGCGGGGAUGUUUAUGCUUGGUCCACAUUAUCUGAUCCAUGGAGUUACGGGAGUAAGGGUGGCACAACGUCCGCGUUGGAACACUUUGGGGGCAAUGGAGGGGGACGGGUAAUGAUUAAUGUCAAGGAGAUUGUAGAAGUUAAUGGAUCUGUAACUGCAGAAGGAGGUGAAGGAGGACUGAAGGGAGGAGGUGGAUCUGGGGGCAGUAUCAUAAUCUAUGCUUUUAAGCUGAAAGGAACUGGUACAGUCAGCGCAGCAGGUGGCAGAGGUUGGGGGGGAGGCGGUGGUGGAAGAAUAUCACUGCACUGCUAUAGCAUGCAAGAAGAUGUGGGAGUUCUUGUCCAUGGUGGCGAGAGCAUUGGCUGUCCUGGAAAUGCUGGAGCAGCCGGCACUAUAUUUGAUGCUUUACUACUAAGUCUGAGAGUUAGCAAUUGCAAUGUCACUACACAAACUGAAACUCCUUUGUUAGAUUUUUCCACAAGCCCUCCUUGGUCAAAUGUUUUUGUGGAAAGUCAUGCGAAGGCUGUGGUUCCUCUACUCUGGACCAGAGUACAGGUGAGGAGCCAAAUCAGGUUACUUUACGAGGGCAGCCUCAGCUUUGGAUUGGCUGAUUAUCCAUUCUCUGAAUUUGAGUUGGUUGCAGAGGAGCUUCUACUGAGCGAUUCCACUAUUAAGGUGUAUGGUGCAUUUAGGAUGUCUGUAAAGAUGUUACUAAUGUGGAACUCAAAAAUCCAAAUUGAUGGUGGGAGCGAUAGUAGUGUUGGAGCUUCUUCACUUGAGGCCCGGAAUCUGAUUGUCCUUAGGGAGAAUUCAGUCAUUAGUUCAAAUGCAGUCCUAGGAUUAUUUGGGCAAGGGCUUCUGAGAUUAUCUGGUCAUGGGGAUGCAAUUAAAGGCCAGCGACUUUUCUUGUCCCUCUUUUACAACAUCACUGUUGGUCGUGGUUCCUUGCUUCAGGCUCCCUUAGAUGAUGAAUUUGGAAAGAGCUUAGAAUCAAAUUGUGAAAGUCGGUCAUGUCCUGAAGAGAUUAUAAAUCCUCCAGAUGACUGCCAUGUGAACAGCUCAUCAUCUUUCACACUUCAAAUAUGCCGUGUCGAGGACCUCACAGUCAGCGGUCUUGUUAAAGGAAGUAUUCUUCAUAUUCAUAGAGCAAGGACUGUUGUCAUCGAACCCUCUGGCAUGAUAAGUGCAUCUGAAUUAGGUUGCUUAGAAGGCAUUGGUAAGGGAAAAUUUCUAAAAUAUGGAGCUGGAGGCGGUGGUGGUCAUGGUGGUAGUGGUGGUGCCGGGUAUUAUAAUGGGAAGUUUAGUGAAGGUGGUCCAGAAUAUGGUGAUGCCAAUCUUCCCUGCGAAUUAGGAAGUGGAAGUGGUGGACCUAGUGAACUUGAUGGACAAGUUGCUGGAGGAGGGAUGAUUGCAAUGGGUUCCACCCAAUGGCCACUAUCGAAGCUUAGUAUUCAUGGCACAUUGAAGGCUGACGGGCAAAGCUGUGGAAAACCAAGGCAUAACAAUAAUGGUACAGUUGUGGGGGGCAUUGGAGGUGGUUCUGGUGGGACAAUUCUUCUGUUCCUUCAAGCACUUAAACUUGGAUACAAUUCGACUUUAUCUGUUGUUGGUGGGAAUGGUGGUCCUAUUGGUGGCGGUGGUGGUGGUGGAGGGAGAAUUCACUUUGAUUGGUCAAACAUAGCUACUGGAGAUGAAUACGUCCCAAUUGCUAUUUUGAAUGGAACAAUAUACACCAGGGGAGGAAAUGGGAGCGAUGAUGGACAUUGUGGAAAUGAUGGAACGAUGACUGGAAAGAGGUGUCCCAAAGGCCGUUAUGGCACAUUUUGUGUUGAAUGUCCCAUUGGCACAUACAAGGAUGUUGUUGGCUCUGACCCAUCACUCUGCAUUCCUUGCCCACUUGAAUUUCUCCCUAAUCGUGCAGCUUUUGUCUAUGUUCGAGGUGGCGUUUCUCAAUCAACUUGCCCAUAUAAAUGUCUAUCUGACAAGUAUCGGAUGCCAAAUUGCUAUACACCUCUUGAGGAGCUGAUAUAUGCUUUUGGAGGACCUUGGCUGUUUGGACUUGUCCUGUCCUUUGUUUUGGUGCUUCUUGCUCUUAUAUUAAGUGCUGUAAGAAUCAAAGUGGUUGCAUCUGAUAGAUCUUAUGGGUCCCCUACUUCUAUGGAGUCCCAAGUUCAUAAUACAUUUCCCUAUCUAUUGUCUCUAGCAGAGGUACGUGAAACCAAUCGAGCAGAAGAAACUCAUGUUCACAGAAUGUAUUUCAUGGGUCCAAAUACCUUCAGAGAACCAUGGCAUCUACCCCACUCACCCCCUGAUGCAAUUAUUGAUAUUGUAUAUGAAGAUGCAUUUAACAGAUUUAUUGAUGAGAUUAACUCCGUUGCGGCAUACGAAUGGUGGGAGGGUUCUGUUCAUAGUAUUCUUUGUCUUGUUGCUUAUCCAUGUGCUUGGUCUUGGAAACAAUGGCGUCGGAGAAACAAGAUUUGUCGCCUCCAGGAAUUUGUCAAAUCAGAGUACGAUCAUUCGUGUCUCCGUUCCUGCAGAUCACGUGCGCUAUAUAAAGGAAUGAAGGUAGGUUCUACACCAGAUCUGAUGGUUGCCUACAUUGAUUUUUUCCUCGGUGGAGAUGAAAAGCGGCAUGAUCUAGCCCCAGUUUUGCAACACAGGUUCCCUAUGAGCAUCAUAUUUGGAGGUGAUGGAAGUUAUAUGUCUCCUUACUACCUUCAUAGUGAUCUUCUACUGACUAACCUUCUCGGCCAGUAUGUUCCGACAGCAGAAUGGAAUCGGCUGGUUGCUGGUUUGAAUGCUCACUUGAGGACAGUGAAGCAAGGGUGUAUUCGCUCUGAUUUGGUUCCCGUUAUUAAUUGGAUCAACAGCCUUGGAAACCCUCAGCUCGAGUUUCAUAGCAUGAGGAUUGAGAUGGGAUGGUUUCAGGCCACAGCCUCUGGAUACUAUCAGCUUGGCCUCUUUGUUGUAAUGGGCUUUGGUGUGACACAUAGUUCACAGAACUCUGAUUUCUUUCUAAGCACUAGUAGCCAUGAUCAGCAAAGGAGCAGGAAUGCUUUUGCAUCUAAGAAGGUUAAUCAAUUACAACAAAAUCAACCAUUUGCUAGUGGUAUAUUAUCACAUAAACGAUUGAGUGGAGGGAUAAUAAAUGAAGGUACUCUGCAAUCAUUGGAUUACAGAAGAGACAUUUUGUUCCCGUUUUCUCUUUUAUUAUGCAAUACCAGACCAGUUGGUCAUCAGGACACACUUGUGCUACUAAUCUCCAUUUUGCUCCUGGGAGAUUUUAGUCUCACCCUUCUCACCUUACUGGAAUUCUAUUGGAUUUCUCUUGGUGCAUUUCUUGCUGUCUUGCUUGUUCUUCCCCUUUCCUUGCUUUCUCCUUUCCCUGCUGGUUUGAAUGCUCUAUUCAGUCACAUUCCUCGAAGAUCUACUUCCUUGGCUCGUGUAUAUGCAUUGUGGAGUGCCACUUCUCUAUCAAAUGUUCUUGUAGCUUUCAUAUGUGGGAUUGUGCACUACGGAUUACCUUAUGGGGCAUCUGGAGAUUCCAAUGCAUGGAACUUCAAGAGGGAUGGAGAUAAAUGGUGGGUUCUGCCUCUUGUUCUUCUUCUGGUUAAAUGCGCACAAGCACGCCUACUAAAUAUGCAUAUUGCAAAUUUAGAGAUUCAAGACCCAAUGUUAUUUACUGAGGACCCUGCAAGAUUCUGGGGUUCCUGACUUUCCCACAAGAAGAUAUAACUCUUUCUUGGUGAUGAAGAUUUGGCUGCCCCAUUGAGUGGUUUCCUUUGGUUGCUGAUAAGAGAAGAGCUCAUACCUUCAAUGUAAAUAUGUAGCGGCAUGUAAAGCAAUUUGGUUGGUGUUCAUUUAGAAAUUAUGAUGCAGCACUUGAUUUUUGUUAGCGCUGUAUACAAGUUAAUCAUUAAUAUUCGAUAUGAACUUCAUGUACUUACAUUGUUGAAUAUGAACUUGCAGUUGAUUGAUUAGUUAAUAGUGAA